AUUCGUCGAUGAGAAAUUUGUUUCGUAUAUCAGGAAGUAGGUUGUUGUCUUUACGUUUUACACACAGUCACUUCCUUUUACCCUGCAACAAUAAUGGCAGACAAACCAAAGCAGCUGCCCAAGGUUCCCGAGUCUAUACUCAAAAGAAGAAAGCAGUUAGCCAUAAACAAGGCUACUGCUGCAAAAGCUGAGCUAGCUAAUAGAAAGAAACAGGUAACCAAAAAGAAGACCAUAUUUAAAAGAGCAGAGAAGUAUGUCAAGGAAUACAGAGCCAAGGAGCGAGAUGAGAUUCGCUUGGCUAGAAUUGCAAAGAAAGCAGGAAAUUUCUAUGUUCCAGCUGAGCCUAAAUUGGCAUUUGUCAUUAGAAUCAGAGGUAUCAAUGGCAUUCAUCCCCGCCCCAGAAAGGUGCUUCAGCUAUUUAGAUUGCGUCAGAUAAACAAUGGUGUAUUUGUUAGGUUGAACAAGGCCACACUGAAUAUGCUGAAGAUUGCUGAGCCAUAUGUUGCUUGGGGAACACCUAAUCUUAAAACUGUGAGAGAGCUCAUCUACAAGAGAGGUUUUGGAAAAGUCAACCACCAAAGGAUUCCUUUGACUGACAAUUCCAUUAUUGAAAAGGAACUUGGUGCUCAGAACAUGAUUUGCAUUGAAGAUUUGAUCCAUGAAGUGUUCACUGUUGGCUCAAACUUCAAGUAUGCCUCCAACUUCCUUUGGCCCUUCAAGCUCUCCUCACCCCUGGGAGGAUGGCGCCGCAAGUACAACCACUACAAUGAUGGUGGUGACUAUGGCUUCAGGGACACCAUGAUUGAUGCUCUUGUUAAGCAGAUGAUUUAAGCCUAGACAUACAUGGGUUCUGCAACAAAGGAAUGUCGUCUGUAAAAUUAAACAAACUAGAUUUACUGAUA